GCUUCUCUUUCUUGCCGUGCCCCCACUCCGCUCGAUUCUCGACUCUAGUCACCCCGCCGGACCGCCGUCUCACGUUCUACACCCACCCACUCCUGACUCCGACGACGCCGUUCAAACCCACGCAAUCCAGCAGAGGAGACCAUCUCCGCCGCCGACGACGCCGUUCAAACCCUAGCCGAUCCGCUGGCUCUGCCAUCGCAAGCCAAUGCCCCACACCGAACCCUAGCAACACCAUAGUCCUUCCACAACCGGUGCGAACAGUACUGCCCGAAUAUGGCGGCCGAACCCGCCGCUACGGCCGCUGCUUCGGCGGCGGCCGCUAUCUCCGCUGUCAUGGACUGGCGCUCCUCCCCCGACGCCCGCGCCGCUGCCUUCGCGUACCUCGAAUCAGUUAAGAGUGGGGACGUCCGAGCCUUGGCAAGCACAUCAUUUUUCUUGGUUCGGAAGGACCAGACGUCAGAGAUCCGCUUGCACGGGUUCAAGAUGUUGCAGCACCUGGUAAGGUUGAGGUGGGAGGAGCUCAGUGCUGCAGAACGGAAUGAAUUUGCUAAUAUGACAAUUAAUUUGAUAUCGGAUGUUGUUGGCCCUCAUGAGGUGUGGGCCUUGAAGAGUCAAACAGCUGCUUUAGUAGCAGAGGUGGUUCGAAGGGAGGGAGUUGAUUUGUGGAUUACUUUACUCCCAUCUAUUGUUUCUCUCUCUAACAAUGGCCCUACUGAGGCUGAGUUAGUUGCCAUGAUUCUAAGGUGGCUUCCAGAGGAUAUCACUAUUCAUAAUGAAGAUUUGGAGGGUGAUAGGCGGAGAUCUCUGUUGCGCGGCCUUACUGAGUCACUGUCACAAAUUCUGCCUCUGUUGUAUUCUGAAGUUACUUUUGAAGAUGCUCUUUGGUGUAGGGCAGGUGCCGGUGCUCUUCAGGAGCUCUUGGCACGCCAUUUCACUCCUGGACACUAGGAUGGGUUGCUAGUAGUGGAGUGUAGCUGUGUGGAUUAUGUGGGUGGUGGUUUGUUGGUUUGGUGGUCCUGAGCCCGCCAUAUAGGUGCUCAGUUCCUCGGUCAACCAUUGUACAAGGGACUCACCAUUUGCUACUUGAGAAACAUUUUGGUGCUGCUUUAAGUGAGCAUGCGAAGCAGCAAAUGGAUUUGGCUAAACAACAUGCAGGGACGGUGACUGCAGUUCUAAAUGCUGUCAAUGCAUAUGCUGAAUGGGUUCCUGUGACAGAUCUAGCCAAAUAUGGUUUAAUUCACGGAUGUGGGUCCUUGCUUUCUUACAGCGAUUUUCGCCUCCACGCUUGUGAGUUUUUUAAAGUGAUAUGUCAGAGGAAAAGACCUGUGGAUGUGGCAGUUGCUGAGUAUGAUGCUGCAAUGUGCAACAUAUUCCAGGUGUUGAUGAACAUUUCACAACAAUUUUUGACCAGAUCUGGCAUGCAACCCAGUUCUAUUGAUGAGAGCGAAUAUGAGUUUGCAUCAUGUGUUUGUGAGACAAUGGUUGCUCUAGGAUCUUCAAACAUGCAAUGCAUACUAGCCGAUGGAGCCAGGACUUUCCAGUUCUUACAACAAAUGCUGGAGUAUUACCAACACUACAAAAUCACACUUCAUUUCCAGUCUCUAUUAUUUUGGCUGGUGGUAUUGAGAGAACCAUCGAAAUCUAAGUCUAUUGCACGUGUUUCUGGUGAUAAUUCUGCUGCUGGUAAUUCUGCAUCUACUGGUGACUUAUCAACAGAAAAGAAGAAAGGGGUAUCGGUAUUUGUCACUGAUGAAAUAUACAGUACAAUUUUGGAUGUUUCUUUCAAGAGAAUGCUGAAGAACAAUGGAAGUGCAACUUCUGGGUUGUUAGAAAUAUGGAGUGAAGAGCUUGAGGGGAAGAGCGACUUCUGCAACUACCGCACCAAAUUGUUGGAUCUCAUUAAAGUCAUUGCUUCUCAAAGAUCUGUGAUUGCUGCAGCAAUUGUAGUUCAGAGAAUAAAUGUUGUCUUUGGAGAUGCUAAUCAAGCAACUAAGUCCCCACAGGAUCUUGAUGCAAUGGAAGGGGCUCAACUGGGGCUUGAAGCAGUUGUCAAUGCUAUUUUCGAUGGCUCAGUUGAUUGUGGGAAAACUGAUUUGGAUACGAAAUCCCAACUGCACAAGAUUUUUGAAGGCUUACUUCAACAGCUUCUUUCUUUAAAGUGGACAGAACCUAACCUUGCAGUUAUUCAUGGUCAUUAUUUGGAUGCUUUGGGCCCUUUCUUGAAGCAUCAUCCAGAUGCAGUUGCCAGUGUUGUUAAUAAGCUUUUUGAACUGUUGACGUCUCUCCCAAUCACAUUUCAGGAUCCAUCAAACAAUUCUCGCCUAGCAAGGUUACAGAUCUGCUCAUCAUUCAUUCGUAUAUCGAGAGCUGCUGAUAAAGCACUUCUGCCUCACAUGAAGAACAUUGCUGAUACCAUGGCUUACCUUCAAGGAGAGGGUCGCUUACUACGUGGUGAACAUAAUCAUUUAUGUGAAGCGUUUCUUGUGAUGUCAUCCUCUGCUGGGAUUCAACAGCAACAAGAAGUUCUUGCUUGGUUACUUGAACCUCUUAAUAAAAUGUGGACUCAAGUGGAAUGGCAAACUGCAUACUUGUCUGAUCCUUCUGGUUUGACAAACAUGUUUGCUGAUAGCCAAUUCAUGUGGUCAAUUUAUCACACAGUUACAUUCUUUGAAAAGGCACUCAAGAGAAGUGGAACCAAAAAGUCUUCAGCAACUCCACAAGCACCCACCACAACAGUACCUGGUUAUCUGCAUCCGAUGUCUUCACAUCUAGCAUGGAUUGUGCCCCCUCUCUUGAGGCUGCUGCGAUGCAUACAUGUCCUUUGGUCUGAGCCAUUUGCCCAGUCUCAGACGGCCGAAAUCAAAGCAGCAAAAAGCAUGACUGUUGCAGAGCAGGCUAGCCUUCUAGGAGAGACAGGUAAACUUACCAAAGGUCAGGUUGCUCCAGCUGAUGGUUUGCUGGAUGUUCAAAGAGAUGGAGAAUCUAAAGAAAACAAUAUAAAAAACUGGUUGCGUGGGAUCCGAGACAGCGGGUACAAUGUUUUAGGACUAGCAGCUACUCUUGGGGAAGCAUUCUUUCGAUGCAUAGAGGGUUCUUCUGUCACCCUUGCUAUUAUGGAGAAUGUGCAAGUUAUGGAGUUUCGGCAUCUGCGCCAACUUAUCCACCUUGUUAUUAUUCCAUUUGUUAAAUAUUGCCCUGCCGAUUUAUGGCUGUGGCUAGUGAACCUUUUGCAGCCGUUAUUUGUCCACUGUCAGCAAGCUCUUAAUUAUUCAUGGUCCAGUCUUCUUCAUGAGGGUCGGGCUAAGGUUCCUGACAGCAUUGGUAAUCUUUCUGGGUCAGAACUGAAGGUAGAGGUAAUGGAAGAAAAGUUGCUACGUGACUUGACUCGUGAAGUAUGUUCUGUCCUUUGGGCUUUAUCAUCACCAGGCUUAAAUAAUGGACUUCCAUCCUUGGAACAACUUGGACCUUCCAACCGGAUGGAUUCUGUUUUGAAGAAUCUGGAGUCCUUUGCUUCAAGUUCUCUAACUGGAUUUCUUAUGCUCCAUAUUGGCACAGCUCUUCCUGCAUUGAGGAUAUCAGUUGAAGUGUUCACUUGGACAGAUAGCGAUGCCGUUACUAAAGUUAUCCCCUUUUGUGGUGCAUUGAUCCACCUUGCCGUUGCUUCAAACCAGGCUGAGUUGAGGCAGUUUGUUGCAAAGGAUUUGUUUUCCUCUAUAAUACACGGUUUAUCUGUUGAAUCAAAUUCAGUCAUUAGUGCUGAACUUGUUGGACUUUGUCGGGAGAUAUAUGUCUAUCUGUCUGAUAGAGAUCCUGCACCUAGGCAGGUUCUUCUUUCCCUCCCACACAUUAAGCAGGAAGAUUUACUAGCAUUUAAUGACUCUUUGAGUAAAACUGCUAGUCCUAAAGAGCAAAAGCAACAUAUGCGAAGCUUACUUCUGCUGGCUACAGGGAACAAACUAAGAGCCCUUGCUGCUCAGAAGACAACUAAUGUGAUUACCAAUGUUACAACACGGAAUAGGAGCUCUACUGCUCACCAUGGAUCAAGUGCCGAAGAAGAUGGCCAUAUUGGGUUGGCCACACUAUCAUCGAUAUGACCUGCCAAAGUUUUGGGCGUGUAAAAAAGGUUGCAUAUCAUUAUUGGCGGAUGCCGGAUUCUUGCAGCAUCAUUAUGUGAGGAUGAAUGCAUGCGUAGUUAUACGGCUAUACCCUUCCUGCCUGCCUUCAUGAGCAACUGACCGAUUCUUUGGUUUAGGCGGUCUGUUUUUCUAGAAUGGAUGUAUGUACCUUCCGUGUGCGUGUGGGUUCUGGUAAAUGGUGAAAGUUGGGUGUGAUUACUUGUAGCUCACAGUUACAUAUUGAGGGGGUACUCAGGGCCCGUUUGGAUACAUCUAGCUAAAUUUUUUAGGCCCCAUGUUUGAAUACUAGUUAGAAACAUUAAAUAUAGUCUAAAACUAAUUACACAGUUAAGGACAAAGUUAAGACGAGUAUUAAUUCUAUGGUCCGUUCAUGU